UGUCUUGUUUUUGUUUUUGUGAAGCAAACAUAGCGAUUGAUGUUCGUAGGAAAUCUCUUUGUUUUAAAAUUGAUUCUUCACUAGGGUAUAACUCAGAUACACAUAAACCCAGCUAGUUGCUGAGAGGUUCAGAAAAUCUCACUUUGCUUAGACUCAUAACCUUUUCUACACCUGAGACAUUCUCAGCCCUUUCUACAAGAUGUCAGUGAAUUUUAGCAUCUGGGGGAGGCAUGAGAAAGGUGCUGGAGGGCAAGCAUGCUGCUUGUUUUCUUUUAACUCUAAUUUGCCUAACCUGUUCUUGUAAGUGCCUGGCUUUGCUUUUCUCUAAUGCAGACUUAAAGAAGGAAAGGUUCAAAGUAGUAAAGGCAAAGCCCAGUUGUGUUUUUCUCCUUUUAAUAUUGAGGCAGUUAGGGAAAUAGGGAGUUGGGGGGGGGGUCAGUUUAUGCGUUUUAAGCACAAAAUACUCUUAAUCCUUUCUGUUCUCUUUUUGUAUUACUGUGAAAUCUCAAAGUAAGCAAGUUUUCUAUGUUGGGCUCAAUGAAUGGUUUCUAUGAUUUGUUCAACUGAGGUGGAAAUCAGUCCAUACUUUAAUGCUAAUGGAACGAGAAGAGGGACAAUUAAUCUUCUGAAGCCUUCCCCUGUAGAGAACAGUGCCAUCCUCAAUCCAUUAUCUAGGAUGUGGGCUCUUAAUGCUAUCAACAGAGUAUGAAACUUGGCAAUUUACUGCUAACAAGUACUUCUUUGAACUUGUCUUUAAGGCUCAUGUAGUACUUUUUCCUCCCAGUCACCUGCAGAGGAUGGGGUUAACUGCUCGGCCUGUUUAGUGCCCUGGCUCUGUUUUUGUACCAGCCUUUGUAGACCACUCCAGGGGAGAAGUAGUGUGCUCUGCUGCCAAAGGGUGGGAUCCCAGAGUUCCUUGUGGUCCCAGCUUGCCUGAGUGUAAACAUCCUUGUACUUGUACUUGUAGUCUCAGCUAUCCAGAUUUCUCCUCCUUAUAUACUUAGGGGAAGGAAAGUGUCAAUAUUUUCCUCACUGGCAUAUUUUCAAACUCAGUUUUGUGAAAUUAUUGUUUUUACUCCUUUGCUGGAUGCUCUAGUUUGAAGCAACAGCUUAAUUCCUCUGAAAAAAUCAUUUAAAAAUAUUUAGAUCAUUUAAAAUAUUUGACUCACUCUAACAGCCAAAAAUGAAAAGAUUAUUUGUGGAGAGAAGUGCUAUGUUCUCAGUUUUCAUAUUUUCUAAUUUAGUGCUAACACGUAAGACUUAAAACUGGUAGAUUUUAUUAGUAAAUACAAUGUAUUUUAAAAGCUCUUUGCAAAUGUAAGAAAUGCCAGAGAUGUUUAAUUUGGUGUUUUAAUGAAAUUAUAAGCUCUUUGAGAUUUGGCAGGUCAAGUGAAAAGUUAAGAGGGUUUAACCGUUGUGAGUGAAGGAAAUUGAAGAGGAUGAGAAUUGAUAAAACUUCAAAUGCGACUAUGAUAAUGGGGUUAUCUGUUGGCUGUUAUUCAUUCACUCUCUUUAGUCUCUACAAGUUAUUUCCAAAUGCCUGUCCUUAGUUCUAGUCCCGUGUCUCUCUGUUCCCACUGGACACUUCCAGUUGAUUGUCCCAUCUUUAAACUUAAGUUAAUAGCAAUUCCUGCAAACUUCCCCUCUGAAUUUCAACUUUUCUUUAAAGGAGUAUUCAUCUAGAUUUUUCAUUUUCACACAAUAUUUAGUCACUUAAAAGCCAACAUUUCCCCCUGUCAUUCCAUUCUCAUUGCCAUCCCCUGAAUCCAGAAACAUGCUCAGGGGCUCCCUGUUGCUUGGGUGACUUUAUGUCCUAGUUUCUCUGUAACGUGCCAGCCUAUUUUAGAUCAUUUCCACCUGGUAGUUCAUUUUAGUACCCCUUUUACUUUUAAGAAGUAUCUCUUUGAGGCUGUAAGUUUUGUGGUAACCGUACAUAUUAGCUACGUGUAAAGUCAGACUUUGAGUUCAGCUGACAUGAAGCAGCCUUGUGCUUUACUGCUGUGUUUUCACUUAUAUUCUCUCAUACUCUCAUUUCUGCUUGUCUGAGUCUCACUUUCUUUACAAAGUUAUUUUCUUCCUCUUUCACUCAGCGUCUACAGCCUUAUACUAUUUGUGUAAGUUUGUGGAUAUGGGCUCAAGUUCCUCCAUCUUCCACGGCAGGAGUCUCAUUUUAUAGACACUGUACUCUGUUUUCCCAGUCUCAUCUAGCAGCAUAUACUAUAUUUUCCGCAUACUCAUACAUUGGAAUCAGAGGCAGUAACUAAGGGUAGCAUUAUUGUUGUGCUUUUAUUCUGGGGCAAAGCAUAUGAAUCACUAAAGUGAUUUGUACUUGCCUGUUAUUUAGUAAGUACAUUGUCUUGGUCUUGCCAAAUUUGAAUCUAAAAACUCCCUAUGGUUCCAUUUAAAACAGCAUGUUCCCUUUCUAGAAUUUUUUAUGUUAAUCUUGUUUUCUUCUUUUUUGUGUGUAUCCUUGGUCUCUUCCUGUGUUCUCUUUCUCGUUGGGAGGUGUAUUGGCAUUUGUCAUUUUUCUCAGGGAGUCACAGUCUUCUCAGAGAGCAUAGGCUUGGAAUAAAGGCUCUGUUAUCCUUGAGUGCGUUUCUUGGUCAUUUGCUUAAGUGUGUUACCAAGUCCAGAUAACCCCUGUCCUAAUAACGCAUUGUGUGUGGGAGCUUCCCCAGGUUCUGAGGGUACCCUUCUUAUGACAUUCAUCACUCUGUUCACCUUAAGAAAUUCUAGUUGGCUAAAUGGAUUGUCCAGCUUUCUCAAGAUGCUCCUUCAGUUGAGAUGGUCUAUUCAUGCUUUUUUCUGGCCAAGUAUAUCUUUGUCACUAUUCUCCCCUGCUAGAAUGGUAAGUAAUAGCAGAGAGGUUUUAGAAAUAAAACAGCAAAUACGACCUUUCACACUUAAUUAUGGUGAGUCUAAGUGUAGAAGGAAUUCUGUGUAACCAAGAAGUGUUAGAGACUAAAAUAUGCAGAGGUUAUCAAAAAAAAAUAAUGAGAACAUUGCCUUCCAAGUCAUGGAGCUUUCUAGGCCCUCAGGGCUUUUUCCAUUGUCAGCUCUUAGCACACCCCACUUUCUCAUACCCUUGACACUGGUCUCACUAUAUAGACAUCCAUUCUUUGCUUAUGCUGGUCUCUGCCUGGAGUGCCUGCUCACUUCUCUACUUGCUAAAGGCUUUCUCAUUCGGGAGACUUUUAUUGAGCAUCUACUCUGUGCCAGAUUUCGGGCUAGGCCCUGGGGAUACAAAUAUGAGUCAGAUAAGGUCCCUUUUCCACCAGGAACUCAGUGCCUUAACAGGGGCAAUGUGUAAACAAAUCUUUCCACGUAGGAUCAUAAGAUGCACAGGGAGCUCAAAAGAGUGUUUUCUAAUUCUCGACUAAGCUCUUGAGUGUAUAGUGCUUCCUUCUCGGUGCUGCCUUCUCAGUCCUUUGUUUGUCACCCUCAGGGUGGCUCGUCUUAUGUGUGCCCUGCCUCCCAGUUAGCUCCUUGAAGGCAUUAAGACAAAACUAGCCUGUGAUUCAUCCUUGUAUGUCCCCUAGUUCCCAUCACAAUGCUUUGCACAGGUUAGAUUUAUUUAUACCCUGUUUUGUUCCAAAAAGGAUUUUGAGUGGCUCAUAAAGAGACAUCUAGUACUAUGUUAUAAGAUAUAGAACAGUUGAAGAAUUUGGGGUUGAAAUAAGUAUGGGAGAAAAGGACAAAGUUAGAGGUGAGGUUAAUACCUACAAGACACCUCAAAAGAUUCUUUUUUCUCAUGGAGGAGAUCUGUAACGUCAGCUGGGACUAAUGUAAAGAGGGAAAUAAUUAUUUCUAUGCUUCAUGGAAUGGGCAUAAAAUGGAAAUCUUAAAAAAUUUCUGAUCAUACUUCAAGAUCAAAAAAUUUCUCUUCUGGGACCUCACUACAAGGGCACUGUGUAAUGUUAGGCAAUAAUCCUUAUAUUAAUUAGUCUAAUGGUUUUCAUAGAACUGUUUCAGAGAAUGUUCCUUCAGUAUAGGUAUAGUUCGGCAAUUUCUGCAGAGAGCUGCCUCACCAAAGAUCAGCUACCUAUCUAAUCAGCCAGGAACCUUCAGUUAGUUUUCCUAUAGAAUGGUAUUCCUUAAUCUUUAAAAAUUCAUGGUCUUUUUUAAGAAACAAAAAUUUCAUACAUCUUCUCCAUUCUGAUAGACCUCACCUCAGAUCCAUUAUAUCCAACCUCUUGUCCUUACCAACCAAGAAUAUUAUAUCUUGCUUUUUUUUAAGUUUGUAUUAUAAAAACAAUAACUACUCAUCUCAUAUACAGUUAUAUUAUUAUAUUAAAUAUGACAUUCAAAUUAUAGAUUCUUGUUCUACUAAUCUUAGAAGUUUCUGGUGUGCCACCUACUCUCAAUCAAGGAUCAUAUGUGUAGAACUCUUACUUUAAUUGGCCAGUUUGUUUAGAUUGGUAAGCUGGAUCCCAGCUUAAGUUAAGGAAUCUAGUUAAAAUAAUUUGUACUCAGGACUUAGAUCAGACAAGUAAAUAAAACAGCUAGCAUGAAGCUUUGAUCAAAGUUGUGAGCCUGACAACUUAUUUAAGCAAGAAUAAGAGAAAAUGCUGUACAGAACACAUUUCUUGGAAUUGAUCAAACUUGAGGUAGAUAUGCUAGCAUUUUAGUUUGUCAAACAAGUCACGGUGUAAUAGGCAUUUUGUUGACUGUUGCAUCAGCAUCACGGCCUUAGCUGCUAUCCAGGGAACCUUUUUUCCCCUGUAGUGGGCUACAGAUUUAAAGCAGGUUCAGAAUCCAGCUAAUAAUAUUGAGUACUUAGAAUUUGCCAUGUGCUCUGCUAAGUGCUUUUGAAUUUAUAACAGUUUUAUUUUUCUCCUUUAGUCCUCAAAACAAACUCCAUUUUACAAAAAAGAGAAAUCAGAAGUUAAGAGGUCUUCUGGUCAAUGGAUGGAUGGCAGAACCAGAACUUGACAUCUGUUGCUUUUAUCACAUCACAAUGCUGGUGUCAUAACCCAGUUUAUAACCGCCUUUAUAAAAUCUAAUUUGACUCUUUCAUUUGGAAUAAACCUCACCAUUGCAAGGCCCUUGGGAAUUCUUCUUUAGAAGCCCUAAGUUGUUCUUCCAUGGAUUUACUCAGAUUAGUAAAUUUCCUAGAAAUAGAUUCUCAGGCAGAUUUGUAAGCAUUUAAACCUCUUUGGAGCUUAAAGAAUAUUUAUUUCAGUUACUGAAAUGCCCCCUGAAAUACAUGACUAUUACAUCCAAGUAAUUAUGAAUGCUGGGCCUGGGGCUUCUUACUUUGUUAGGUUUUCAUAACUUCCCUGAGCAUCUGUGCCAUUUAGCUCAGCAGCCGCUGCUUAGCUUUCUUAGCCACUGUUGGGAUCAUCUUCACUUUUUCAUUAGAUACAUCUUCUCUUUUUUUGAAUAUUGCUUUAAAAAAAACCAUUUUGUAUUUUGUCAGUUUGAGUUUUUGAAAUAUUUCCUUAUUUAUAGUCAAUGUUCUGAUUUUUUAGCUAACCCCUAUGAGUUCCCUCUGACUUUAGGAAAUUAUAUCAAAUAUCCUUGAUUCUCCUUUCUUCUUCUCUUAAAGAUUCUGCUCUUCUCCUGAUUCUACAGCCCUUCCCCAUUCUGAAACUACAGAGCAGGACCUGAGAUACCCCAGGAUGUGUCUCUUCCUCUCCCCAGAUGGAGAUCUGUGCUCCGACGUUUGCCAGGAGAGUGAUUUUACAUCAUCCUGUUCUGAGCAGCUCUGUUUGUCAUCAUUCCUUUUCUCUAGGCUCAUUUAUGUCUAAUUAAAAUUUCUGCUUUUUGCUUUCUCUGUUGUUCUCUGUACCUUUCAUGUGUGUGAAGUUCACACUCUGGUUUUCUCCAUUUGUUUACUUUCUCUGCAACUAACUUGCUUUGUAUUUGAGUUAACUCCUCUAUUAAAUGGGCAUAAGACUAAUCUUUACUACAUCAAGUCAGGAGCAUGUGUGUAAAUGCUUUUAGAAAACAAUAACAAAAAAGAUUCAGCUGUGAAAAGGUGUUAUUUGUAAUUGAUUCCAAUUUAAUGAAAAAUAGCAAACAAUAAUAUAUGUCCUUUAUUUCAAGCAAUCUUUGAUUAAAAACAUGGUGCAGUUUAAAUGCUUUGUUGGUGUUGGUUGUAACAGGAUUUGCCAUGUAUCUUUCAUCCCUUGAUCGCCUUUUAGCUUGUCCUUUGAAUCUUCUCUACAUUUUCUGUGAAUGUCCUUGAAUGUUGUGGAAACCUGAAAGAGUCAAGAGUGAGCUCUGAAGAACUUCCCCACACACCCCAUAUGAUUCACUGUCAGUCUUCCCAGUGGGAGGGAGGACUUGAGGAACAGGCAGUCUGCAGUUGAGGUCCCCAUUCUAAACUCAGAGCCCAGCACUCCCUGGGGAACCUACUGGGAAGCGCUGUCUUUGGCAAGCCCCUCUCUCGGCUGUGCCUAAUGCUUCGCAUUCCUGGGACUAUUGUAUAGCAGGCUGUGGAGCUGCUUCCCUGCUUCUUUCUCCAGGGUGCUCUCAGGCCCAUUUUUUCUUGUGCUAGGCUGACAGAUAGAAUGAUCCCAGGGGCAUCCGGGGUUAGUUUCACAGCUGUGGUUGGAGCUGUGAGCCCAGGCUGUGUCAGGGGAGGCUUGCUUCAGUAUAAAUGAACCUAUCAGAGCAGAACUCAAGGUCCCACGGUUACCUGCAGAAGAGAGGUGAAACUAAAUUAGUACCUGCUCCCUCUCCCCGCUGAGAAAUCUAAACCAACUUGACCUUUAAAAAGGAUGGUAAAACAGGAGUGGGUGUGGUUGCAGGAAAGUGACAUCUGUCCCAUAUGAUUUGGGGGCCUGAUGGAGUGGUCUGAACAGACCUGAAGUCUGAUACUACUGUGAUGUCUGAGCAAGUGACUCAGCUUCUAAGCCUGUUUCCAGCUAUAAAAUGAAGAGCGAUAAGCCUACCAAAUAAGGUUCCUUCAUGCAUUUAAGUGAUGCAGUACUCAAUACCACCUCGUAUGUGUUCUUACUAAUUUCUGUGACUGAGGACCAGAGAAGAUAGGAUGGGUGUGUGAUUGAUGCAGAGGAGAGGGAGCGGGGUGAAAAGGGAAUGAUUAUUAUGGGAAGGUGAUAAGAGCUAUAUCUGUACACUAUGUCUAAGCAGUGACAAGAAUACAGAGAGGUGUAAAUGCCAGGAUGGGGGACGAGAAGCAAGGAAAUUGGGAAGAAAGCCGGGGCUGGAAAUGGAGUGUCCUUGUCCUGUGUGUCAUGCUUCUGCGAGCUCAGCAUAACAACCAGCUUCUCAAACAUGCUUCCCCUUUUAAGAUGGGGAUCCAUAGAGGUAGCAGGCCUUGCUGAGCUAGAUGUACAGGAGUUCUAAUAGCAAGCACCAUUAUUGAGCCAGACUGGGGAGUAGGUCCUGUCACAGCCACACUGUGCAGUGUUUCUGAGAAGAAUCCAGAGCCCGGGAGUUGGUCCAUACCCUGCUCCUCCAUCAUUCACUCCUUUUGUACUCUCCAGUAAGAUGGUAGACUCCUGUGGGAGCAGGGCAUUAUCUUUUGUCUCCCCUCCUCCUAUGCCUAGCGUAGUGUUCUGAACAUUGAUGUUUAGUGAACAUUUAAGCAAAAAUAAAUGUAUUAUUCUGGAGCACAGCAUCUUCUGUUCAUUAAGUAUCACCAUUGACCUAAAAGUUCUUUCCAAGACAAGUCUGGGCUAUCCUCCUCCUUGGGAGGAGGAGAGUGCUAAGUGUGAGAGGAAGUCCUAUAGGACUGUUGGCUUCCUGCCACAAAAUAAUUGGGCUGAAAAAUGUAAAAUUAUUAAAAAAUAGGGCAGUGUGGUUAUUUCCACUUUACAGGUAAAGGUGAGGGUCAAAGAGGUCACACAGCUUGUAUAUGAACUCCUGGCUCAGUGCUCUUUUCACUCCUUUGAUCCAGAGGUCUGCCUCCUCACUAACUGAUAAGCCAGGCUCUCCCAGCUGGGCUGCCAUAUCGGGGUGGGAGUGGAGGUGGGGAGGGCUUCACCAUCCAUCGUUCUCCAGUCUUAUGCGGAGCACCUGCUGUGAUUUCCGGAUUACCUGGUGAGCGCUGGGCGUGAGAGGGCAGAGAUCUGGGUGAACACGGGUCAGAUUCCCCAGGAGGGAGAGGCCAGCAGGCAUUUUAUGGAGCUUCUCUGGGGUCUGGCACUUUGCUGGGCACUGAGGAGGAGGUGUCGACCCUUAGAAAGAGAGGCUUAGAAGUGAAGUAACCGCUCCUUGUCCGAAAGCCGUUGGGAGAGGCGCGAGAGAGAGCCAUAGGAGCGGCUUUGCCUGGAUAUUCAGCUUGAAGGUGGUGGGCUUGGGCUCGAACCCCCUGAGGAAGCAGGGCUCACGUGGAGGCGGAAGUGCGGGCUCUAAAGGGACCCCUGACAACACCCCGGCCCCAGGACUGGAGGGACCGGAGGGUCCAGGGAGGGCGGGGCAGGGGCGGCAGUGAGAGCGCAGAGGGCGGGCUCCUCGGGGGCAGGCUCCGCCCCCAGGAGCACGGGUUUAAAAGGAGGGAAGGCGCGCGCGGGGGACUGGAGCCGCUGCCAAGUGCGCUGGAGCAGAGGCGCGGCCGGGGCCCAGCCAUGACCCUGCAGGCGAGGGGCGCUCGGCUGCUCGGCGGCCUUCUGCUCUUCAAUCUGUUCGCAGCCGGCGCCGUCCCGCUCAGCUGGGAUCUCCCAGAGCCCCGCAGCCGGGCCAGCAAGAUCCGAGUGCACCCCCGGGGCAACCUCUGGGCCACCGGUCACUUCAUGGGCAAGAAGAGUCUGGAGCCCCCCAGCUCAUCCCUGCUGGGGACAGCUCCCAACAUCUCCCUGAGGGAUCAGAGACUGCAGCUGAGUCAUGAUCUGCUCAGAAUCCUCCUGCAAAAGAAAGCUCUGGGCAUGAGCCUCAGCGGCCCAGCACCUCACACCCAGUACAGGAGGCUGCUGGUGCAAAUGCUGCAGAAGUGAUGCCAUUAAUCAGGAAGAUACAACGACGCCCACCCUGGGAAGGUGCUGAAUGGGACCAAGGUCGUGGCCCCAUCUGGUUGUAAAUCAUGGGCUGAAAACUCUGUUACUCCAUUACUGUGAUUUCUGGUUGGAUUGCCAGGAAUAUUGCCAAUGCAGACACAAAUGUCCUUGCUGUAUUUCUUGCCUCCCUGUUUAAAGUUACGAAUAAAACCCUGCUCUUUA